CCAGUUAUCUAACCAACAUAACUGGUUAUCWGGGUUUUUAYGAUAUUGAUAAUAGUGGUAACAAAUUAGAGUCAAGUAUAUGUGUCGACCAAUAUGUUACACAACCGWCGGUUCGCAGUGCUAUACAUGUCGGUAAUGUUGUCUWUAAUAUGACGAGUCAAGUAGUUUUUGAAUACAUGUUUGAAGACUUUAGCCGAUCGGCUGAACCAAAUCUGACGGCAAUUAUUGAUAACGGAUACAAAGUAUUGUUAUUUACCGGUAAUUUUGAUAUUAUGGUUGGCGUCGAGUCUAUCAAUGGAUUACUGAUGAAUCAAAAUUGGAAAUAUUAUAAUAAUUACAAUAAAGCCAAACGAGACAUUUGGAGAGUCAAUACAAACGAUACACAAAUAGCCGGUUAUGCAAAAAGUUUCGGUAAUUUUACUCAUGUUAUCGUACGUAAUGCCGGUCACGCAUCACUGUUUGAUCAGCCCAGGGCUACACAGGAUAUGGCCAUCAGAUUUGUAAAAUCUCUGCCGUUUGGACACUAA